AUGAGGCAACAUAACAUUGAGCCCGAUGCUCAUCUCUAUUCGAUCAUGCUGAACGGCGCCAAGUUGUGCCAAGAUUUCGGCUCCAUUCGACGAGUUGCCGACCUCGCUCAUUCAGCCAAUGUGAGGGAUCCGAUUGUCUGGAAUGACCUCCUGCACUCGAUUUUCGUAUCGUCUCUUAUCGAGGCGAGGAAGAAGAACAUGAAGCCGCCUCGAGUCUUGCCGGUAUUUGGGCCAAUGUUACGGCUCUACUCACGCUUCUUCGAUACGAAACCUCUCGAGCCAUUGUUUCUCGGUGACCUGAAACAUAUGCAGGACGCCAAUGCUGCAAGGUGGAUGUUCAAUGAUAAGUUGAAGUCAUUUUGGGAUAACUUUCCCGCCUUGGACGCAAACGAGCUUCUUGAGCCCACUUCUUCCACCUUAGGUAUCAUGGUUCUCGGAUUUGUCCGAAGUCUAUCGAAGCCAUACGACAUGAUUGCCUUUUACUCGCACUUCCGGAAGCUCGUAAAGGAUGGCAACCCUGUUGCCUUACGCAUCAUUCAGGAACAAGGCACGCUCGUGCAUGAUAUCGUCAUCAAGGCGCUGCUUGAGCGGCAAGGCUUACUUCGUGUUGGCCUUGAUGUAGUGAGUGAUAUGCUGAAAGAUGCCGCCACCGCAGCUGCUGUGCAACAGUCACCGCCAUUGAUGGCUGCUGAGCAUAGCCCGGAACCAAAUGUCACGUCUGUGUCACCUGCCAAGCAUCCCGCACCAAGCGUCUUCACAUGGAGCAUUCUGCUCAACGGUUUCAUGUACCACCGUCUUCACCACCAAGGCGAGAGCAUCCUGCAUUUAAUGCGACGCCACGGUAUUAGUCCCAACAUUGUUACUUGGAACACGAUUGCCGCCGGCUAUGCUCGACUCCAACGGGUUGACAGGACUGUGCGAGCAUUGCAACGCCUUGAAUCCGCGGGCUUUGAGGCUGAUGACUUCACACUGCGCGCUUUUUCAUAUCUGAAGAACAAAGGGCGCGCCAUUGCCCAGAUGGAGUCGAUGAUGAGACUCAAACGUCAGAGGUACGAAGAUCUCCAGGCGCGGCUCGCGGCUUCGCCUCCCUUAGAUGAAUUGAAACAGCUAGAGAGCGAGGUCGACGAGAUAGCGAAAAUGAUGGAAGGCCAGUCUACAGUAGAUGAGAGCUAUGGCAUGUCGAGCUUCCGUCCAUCGUUAGCAACAGCUACAGCUCCCUCGGCUCUCGCGACAUAG